AUGAAGCGAUCGACUUAUGAAUUUAGCCACAGCAACGACACACUCCUGAUCCUUCAUACAUGUCGUCUACACUCUUUCCAGUGGUCCAGUGAUAGCCUUUGGACUCCUUACAAGCAAGAAAUUGAGAAUGAUAGCAUAAAGCGCAAGGGAAAGAAGAGCAAGAAGAGCAAGAAGCGCCGUGUUCACCAUAACGAGCAACCGUCUCCAGCAAGUUGUGGUUCGAACGGCAAUGAAAAUAUCGACAUGGACUCUACUACCCAGACGGCUGAGCGGACCCUUGGAGAGAGCCCUGGAAUUAGGCAUGGACAAGUGUGCUAUCAAAUGCUGGUGUCCUCGGCUCAUUUGAGCCAGGCUUCACCUGUCUUUCGAAAGAUGCUCAAUGGUUUGUUUGCCGAGGCGGUGGCUGAUAGCCAAGGGCUUUACCGCAUUACGACAACUGGAUGGGAUCCGGAGGCUCUCGUCAUCGUCCUUGACAUCAUGCAUGGUCACAAUCGAAGCGUGCCACGGCAGCUUACCCUUGAGAUGAUUGCAAAAGUCGCUAUGAUCGUCGACUACUACGACUGUCUGGAGAUUGUCGAAGUCUUUGCAGGUAUCUGGGUAGACGCGCUGGCGGAAAGCCAGUCAGGCACUUACGGCAAAGACUCCAUGCUCUGGCUUCUCGUAUCAUGGGUGUUUCAACGCCAAGAUAUCUUUGAAAAGAUGACUGGGCUUGCGUUGAGGCAUAGCGAGAGGUUGAUUACGGUAGGGUAUGUUCCAAUCCCUCACGUGAUUCUAAGACGGAUUAACGAAGAGCGUCAGAACGCUCUUACUCAAAUCUUUUCGAAAUUAUACGAACUACUCGACACUCUAUGCCAAGAGUCGGAAUGUUCCUAUGAAUGCUCAAGCAUGCUUUUGGGUUCCUUAAUGAAGGAACUAAGCAAGCGCGACAUUCUGAAGCCACAAAUCAAGAAGCCCUUUGAGGGCUAUAACAUUGCCUCGGCCGCGCAGAUGGUCGACACCUUCGCCUCACCAACGUGGUAUUCCCAAAUUAGGCAUUACCACUCCUACAAUCUACCACACACUUGCAGCAUCUCGGGUAAAAUGAGGCCAACAUUGGACAGGGUGGAGAGCAAGGCGCCUGUCUUAACGCUAGAAGACUUCCGGUUUUCUGCGGACUAUGGUAAACUUGCGGGCCUUCAAGUUUGA